UUUGGUUUUUGGCCCCACAGUUUUCUAGGGUUUGUCAAUAAUCAAAUUUUGCCUAUACAAUUGAAUGUUCUAAUGGAGUCUAAAGGUGGGAAGAAGUCUAGUAGUAAAUCCUUACUCUACGAAGCACCCCUCGGCUACAGUAUCGAAGACGUUAGACCAAACGGUGGAAUCAAGAAGUUCAGAUCUGCUGCCUACUCCAACUGCGUGCGCAAACCAUCCUGACAGUCCUUAAGCUUCUCUCUAGCACGCCUGUCUCCAGGCACAAAGAAAACCCAAAAAAAGUUUCUUCUGUCAAUUAGUUCGUGUUAAAACUCACUCCUCCUUUUCCUCCUUCGGCUUCUUUCUUCUUUGCUCUCCUUGGCUGUGAACAAUUCCUUUAAAAGAUCGUUAGUUGUUGUGAACAUUGUUUUCCAUCAUGGAAGUGGAAUUGCCAGUUUCUGCCAUAGGUUUUGAAGGUUAUGAGAAGAGGCUUGAAAUUUCAUUUUUUGAGCCUGGCCUUUUUGCUGAUCCUGAAGGAAAAGGACUUCGAUCACUGUCAAAAGCACAGUUGGAUGAGUUCCUCGGACCUGCUGAAUGCACCAUAGUUGAUUCUCUUUCUAAUGAGUGUGUUGACUCCUAUGUCCUCUCUGAGUCGAGCCUUUUCAUUUCUUCUUACAAGCUAAUCAUUAAGACUUGUGGUACCACAAAAUUGCUUCUUUCAAUUCCGGUCAUUCUGAAGUUGGCUGGUACCCUUUCACUCAAAGUACUAUCUGUGAAGUAUACCCGUGGGAGCUUCAUUUUCCCUGGGGCUCAAUCAUUUCCUCAUCGUCACUUCUCUGAAGAAGUUACCGUCCUUGAUAGUUACUUCGGAAAUCUUAGUUCAGGAAGCAAAGCUGUGAUUUUGGGCAGUCCCGGCAAACCUCAGAAAUGGCAUGUUUACUCUGCCUCGGCUGAACCUAUUCAGACUAAGAACCACCCUGUCUACACUCUUGAGAUGUGCAUGACUAAUUUGGAUAGGGAGAAGGCUUCUGUCUUUUACAAGACUGAAACAAGCUCGGCAGCUAAAAUGACUAUUGAUUCCGGCAUAAGGAAGAUCCUCCCCAGCUCUGAUAUAUGCGAUUUCGAGUUUGAUCCUUGUGGUUAUUCCAUGAAUUCUAUUGAAGGAGCUGCGCUUUCUACUAUUCACGUUACACCGGAAGAUGGUUUUAGUUAUGCUAGCUUUGAAGCAGUUGGAUAUGACUUGAACAACUCCUCGAGUCUCGGGCCGCUUGUUAAGAGGGUGCUGACAUGUUUCCAGCCUGAUAAUUUUUCUAUUGCUUUGCAUGCUGAUGUUGAUUGUGAGCUACUGGAGCGCAUAUGCUCUUUUGAUGUUAAGGGCUACUCUCUUGCUGAGUGGAGCCCAGAAGAACUUGGUAACGGUGGUUCUAUUGUCUACCAGAAGUUCGCUUGGAGUUCCUUCUGUGGGUCUCCCAAAUCCGUUCUGCAGGACUGCUGCUGGAAAGAGGAAGAGAAAGAAGAAAAGGAGAUGUGUUGAGGGUCGUUUAGUUCAAUUACCAGUGUUUUAUUACAGCGUUCAGUUGUCUUGCUCUUUGAUUCUUCAAAUAAUGGGCUUUAUGUCCUUAGUAACGAAAAUUGUGAACUUAGUCUAGCUUUUUGGUGUUCUGCCUUAAGCCCUAUUGCUUGUAUUUUGGAUUAUUACCGUCUUUGGUUGUUCUCAGACUCUUGUUUGUUAUUUGGUCAUUUCUAGUAAAAUUGUGGUGUUAUCCACCAACUUAA